CUUUGUCAUCUUUAGAGCCAUGUCAUUUGUCUAUGUCUUUGAAGACGAUUUCUUUUUGAAUGACUCCAGUACCAAUGAGACCAAUGGUUCCGGAACAUUCACUCCAGAUCCAGAUACCUUAAAAUGUGGAUACAAACCAAUGGAACCUACAGCAGCUAUUACCCUAUGUUUAAUCCUCAUAGGCAUCUUCUUACUGGCUAUACCAGGAAACAUGCUGGUAGGAUGGGUGAUCAGGACCAGCCAACAAACUCUGACUCCAUCAGAUGUGUACCUGUUCCACCUGACCAUAGCAGACGGACUGAUGGCUCUAACACUCCCGUUCUUUGCUGUAGCACUGAUCCAAGGAUGGAUCUUUGGAGACUUCCUGUGUAAAUUCCUCAACCUCGUCAUGGAUGCAAACUUCUACACCAGCAUCAUCUUCCUCGCCUGUAUUAGCAUCGAUCGUUACCUUGUGAUUGUGCAUGCCAGGGAGACACUCAAGAGUCGCCAGAGGAUGUGCAGCAAAAUGCUCUGCACAGCGGUGUGGGCCCUCGGUUGUGCCCUCGCUCUUCCUGCUCUUUUUAAUGAUGUCAACAAGAAAGAUGCCGAGAAGAUGAUGUGCUUUGUGAAUUUUGACAUCGGCAACUCCAUCGUAUGGAGGCUCGCCACUCGGGGGUUCAUUCAUAUUUUCGGUUUUUUGGUCCCUGCGAUUGUCAUGAUCUCCUGCUACAGCAUCACUGUUGCACGGCUGCUGCUUACUCGUGGUUUCCAGAAGCACCGAGCCAUGCGGGUGAUCAUAACCGUGGUGAUUGCAUUUCUGCUCUGCUGGACACCAUACCAGAUAACCAUCAUGGUAGACCUACUGCUGAGGGCUGAUGUAGUACAGUUCGACUGCGCUAUGAGGAGGUCGGUGAGCACAGCCAUGGUUGCAACCCACUGCCUGGCUCUGCUGCACAGCUGCAUCAACCCUUUCCUCUAUGCCUUUGUGGGAGAGAAGUUCAGGAAGAAGAUGAAACUGCUUCUUCAUAGAAAGCUCAGACAGGAAAGGAUGUCAGGGUCAAGGUUCAGCAGGUCAACAUCUCAGACCUCAGAGGGCAUUGGAACAGUUCUCUGAGCGCUGGGUGAAUUUUUUUAUCUCAAGACUUCUAGAAAACAAACUGCUUUUAAAUAUAUACACAAAGGAAAGAUUGGACAACUAGACAAAUUAAAAUGACCA